CACUUUUGCAUCAGCCCUCAUUCACUUUUUCUACAGAAACACUAACAAACUUAUAUGUUCUCAAGAAAAUCAGCAAUGGCCAAGCUCGUUUCAUUUUUCCUUUUGGCUCUCGUUGCCAUAUCCAUGGUUGCAACCACUGUUUUGGCUGCAGAUGCCCAGUACCACCUUGAUGCUUCAAGGUACGGUCCAGGGAGCUUGAAGCCAUCACAAUGCCUGCCACAAUGCACGAGGAGAUGUAGCAAGACACAGUACCACAAACCAUGCAUGUUCUUCUGCCAAAAAUGCUGCAAAACAUGUCUGUGUGUUCCCCCUGGUUUCUAUGGAAACAAGGGUGUUUGCCCAUGCUACAACAACUGGAAGACCCAGCAAGGAGGACCCAAAUGCCCUUAAUUUUACUUUCUGGAAUUCGUUUCCAGUUUAAUGAUGUUGUUGUUUGUCGGUCUUCUUAAUCCUACUGUUAUUUAAUUUCUCACGAAUCAUAGGUCAUAAGUUGUAUGACCUUGGUUCUUCUAAGUGUACUUUUACUGUAUUGCUCCUUUGGGCCGAAUACUUUUGUGUUGCCCGAUAUGAGAGCUGUUUGACCAAUUCUUUUUGGUCUAUUGUUACUAUGUUUUAAUUACUCUUUUCUAAUAUAACAAUGUUCUCCAGAUUUUGUUUCAA